GCAUUAUGUAAUUAUUUGCGUGCCCAGUGGCGGGAAAUACAAAUUUUUGUUUACAUUAUAAUUAUGCUAUUACCAGCGAUUACAGCAGCUUUAGGCAGAUUAUUUUCCUUAAUUUUCCAAAUGUAUGCAGUAAUUUUGGCUUGGAAGAUAUAUGUUAAGCAUAGAAAUGAUGCUAUCAUGGCAUUUUUGUUGAGAAGGCGAUCGGGUUUUUACCAAAAGUUGAAACAUGCAAGACGACGACGACUGUUUUCGAAGAAGCGAAGAUUUUGGGUUCAACCUGGCAGGACAGAAGAAUGGUGGCAAAAUAUGAUCAGUGGAGAAGCUCCAGAAGAAACGUGGAAAAACAAUUUUCGUCUUCCGAGAGAGGUGUUUAUGGAGUUCGCAGAGGAACUACGUCCAUACAUCUCACCAAAUCUCUCGUCACCUAAUUAUAGAGCAUUGUCAGCGGAAAAGAAACUUGCCCUAACAUUGUAUUAUCUUAAAGAUACCGGCUCUCUUGUGAUGACUGCGAAUACAUUUGGUAUUGCAAUAAAUACUGCUUCUGUAAUCAUUGCUGAAGUGUGUAUGGCAAUUUCAAAGAACCUAGGACCAAAAUACAUUCACAUGCUAAGAAACCAUGAAGUAAUGCGAAAUAAGGUGUCCGAAUUUGAAACAAAGUUUGGAAUGAUUCAAGCAAUGGGUUGCAUUGAUGGUACACAUAUACCAAUCAAACGGCCUGUUGAAAACUCGCAGGAUUAUUUUUGCUACAAGCAGUUCAACUCCCUUAAUGUACAAGCAGUUUGUGAAUGUAAAGGCUUAUUUAUGGAUGUUGAGUGUCUAUGGCCAGGCAGUGUGCAUGAUGCCAAAGUGUUUGCUAAUUCCUCUAUUAAUGACAAGCUGCAAAGUAACAAACUACCUGAAAUCUUUCAGUCAGUUGUUCCUGGUUGUAACCUUGUACCAAAUUACCUGAUAGGUGACCCUGCAUAUCCCUUAACCCCAUUUUGUAUGAAAGAAUAUGAAAGCUGUAGAAGCAAUGAACAGGUUGUUUUUAAUCAAAUGCUUAGGUCAGCAAGAAAUCCAAUUGAGUGUGCUUGUGGACGUCUCAAGGCACGAUGGUCAAUUCUCACCAGAAAAAUGGACUUAUCAUUGAACAUACUCCCAAUAGUUAUUUAUGCUUGUUUUACAUUGCAUAAUUUUUGUGAACAGCAUAAAGCACAUGUUGAUCGUGAACAG